UAUUAUUAUAAUAAAUGCAAAUAUCAAAAUCAAUUGUUUAUGGAACAAUCGCAACUUGGCUUGGAAGAAAAUCAGAUGAAAAGAAAACACAUUCAUGGAUUUGCUAUGUAAGAGGAGUUAAUAAUGAAGACUUAUCUUAUUUUAUUGAAAAAGUGAUAUUUGUAUUACAUAGUUCCUUUGAAAAUACUAAUAGAGGUAAAACAUAUUAUAUAAUUUUUAGUUGUUACUCAACAUCCAUUUGUGAUUUCAGAAACAGGUUGGGGUUAAUUUGAUAUCAUUAUAAAAAUAUAUUUGAAAGGAGAUUAUGACUAACCAUUGAUUACAGUACAUCCACUAAAAUUAUAUUAAAACUAAACAUAAAACAUUCCACUAACAAAAAAGCCUGUGGUAAGCGAAUAAUAUGAUGAAAUUGUUUUUAUUAAUCCAAAAGUACGUAAUUAAUUGUAAUAUAGCCUGAAAUUUUAGAAAUCUUAAACUCUAAGCCAAAUUAAGAAAAUAAUCCAGUAGAAGAGGAAAUUUAAGUAGAUUAAAAAGAGCCUGAUUUUGAAUAGAUGACUCCAGCAUAGAUACUAAAAUACAAUCAACCUAAUUUUACAGUUUUUGAUAUUAAUGAAUCUAAAGCAACGAUAGAAAAAGCAAUAUAAAUUGUUAGUCAAGACAUUUUAGCAGAUUAUAAAAGAAAAGUAAAAUGAUUAUAAAUAAUUCAGAAUCAUCAAUUGGACACAGAAAUUUAAGAAUUAUAAAUUGAAUAUGAGAAUUUGCAAAAUAAAUUAUCCCAGGCAUAAUAGUGAG